AAUAAGGAAACUGAUUUAAUUAAGGGUGUAAUUUAUACAUAUUUCUUAUAUUGUAUUUAACCAUAAUUUCAGUUCCAAACGAUGAAUACAUAUACCACGUUCCCAAUAAGAAACCGCUCAUAAGAUAGUUGACAAAGAUUUCUUUAAUAAAUGUUCUUGAUUUUAGGUCUCUUCUAUUUCAAAAUUAGUUUUUUUGAUAGAAAAGAAAGAUAAAUUUUGACGUUUCGACUUUAAUGGCUGGAAAUAAGUGUGUUUAUUUCAAGUGUGGACUAAGUAAGAGAUCAGAUCCCACAAUUAAAAUGUACCGAUUUCCUAUGAAUGACUUUACCAGAUGUCAAAAAUGGAUCAUACACUCGGGUAAUGCUGUUUUGGCAAACCUAAGCCAGAAAUCACUAAGAAAUAAGUUGAUCUGCAGCAAACAUUUCAGUGAAAAUAUUAGUCAAUAUAAAAGAUUGCCUACUACUACUGUACCAUUCCGCUACAAAAAUGAUGAAGGUUCAGAAAGUGAAUCGCAUAGGGAAAAUUUGGAUGAACAAAUAAUCCAAUUGAAUGUUUCCUCACAUUCACAAACAUAUUCAAAUAGUGAUUUUAUUGCCCCGAUUCAUUCCAGAAACAUUGACAUGACAGAUAGUUCUCUCAGUAACCAUGAAGAUGAAGAGUGGUUGAAGGAGUUACAGAACCUUCCAUCUUGUUCUAUGGGAAUUGGAGGUAGGAAGCAGUCAUUGCAAGAAGAAAAUGAACGGUUGAGAAAGGAACUAACCAAUGCUAGGAAAAAAGUCAAUAACCUGAAUACUCAAUUGAGAGCUACAAAAAAAAAGGAUUAUGAACACGCAACUCUCUGCGAACGUUUUGUAUGGACAAGGAACUCUCACCAAUUUUACAAAAUCUCUUGUGAAUGUGCAAUUACGACAAUCUCCAUGGUUAGUAUCUGAAAAGAAAACUGCCCUGUCAUUAUUUUAUAAAGGACCUAAGACAUACAGAUAUUUGCGACAAAAGGGUUUAUUUUGCCAGCAAUAUCAACAGUGAAAUCAUGGGUUGCCAAUUUCCGUUUGCAAACCUGGAUUCAAUAAAAAGAUUUUUAUGUACUUUACUUUAAAGGCGGAUAUGAUGCUGCCUUACGAGAAGAAAUGUAUUCUGAUGUUCGACGAAAUGUCUAUUAAGAGGAAUCUUGAGUACAACAUGAAAACAGAUUUAAUUGAGGGUUUCGAAGAUCUGGGCGAGUUUGGAAGACAGCCUUUCCCUACCAGUGAAGCUCUAGUUCUCAUGAUCAGAGGAAUCUAUAGCAACUGGAAAAUUCCUAUUGCCUACUUUGUAUCGAAUGGUGGAGUGUCAUAUGCUUCUUUAUGGUGUAUAAUUUAUCAACUACCAAUCAGAAACUCAUAAAGCAUUUGAGGGUUAACAAAAACCAACCUUAUUUUUUCAUAAUGAGAAAAAAUAUUAUGCUUUUUUUGAUGCUCCUUCCUCCUAUGAAUGUUUCAAAAAUAUCGAGGUUCUGAAAUCACAAAUUCAUAUUAAUUCAGUCACUAAAGGAUAAUACAUAACAUAACAUAAAUAAAGAAUUAAAUUCUUAUCAUAAAAAACUUCAAUUCACAAUCGAGGUUGAGCAAAAUAAUAUAAUCAAUUUUCUUGAUAUCACAUUAUAUAAAAUUAACAAUAAGAACAGAAGGGUAUACGAAACCAACUUGGCCCUCAAGAUAUUUAAACUUCAAUUCGUGUCAUCCUAUGUCAUAAAAAAGAUCAGUGGUAAUAAGUUUCGCUGAUAGAUCUAUCCAACUAUCAGAUCCUGAAUUUAAAUGCUUAGCUAUUCAAAAAGCAAAAACUGCAUUGAAAGAAAAUAAUUACUCGAAAAAAAUGAUAAAUAACAUAUUCAAGAAAAGGAUAAACAGAUACUACAAUCAAUUUAAAAUCAAACAGAAACGAAACAUCAAAACAUAAAACAUUUUUCCUUAUCAUAUAUACAAGGACU